UAAUAGAGAGUACUAGACUACUAGUCGCUAGGAACGCUACUUGUCAAUGUAAGGAAGGCAUAGGAAUUGCAUGCAUGCCACGUGGAAGCAGUCGGUGGGUAGCUUCAAUCUAUAUUUUGGCGGGUGCUUCUCCUGUCUGUAAACAGAAGUGUAAGUCUACUACGAAGUCCAAAUAGUUAGUAGAGAAUGCUAUCAGCAAAGGAAAAACUCAGCAAUAUGGCCAGUGCUGCCAAAGAGCACUUAACCAUCUGCCAGGCUAAAGUUGAAGAAAAGGUCGAGAAAGCAACAGCUAGAACACAUGAGCAAAAGAAGAUAGCAAAGGAACGUAGGAAGGCAAAAGAAGCUCAGGCCAAGAUGGAGCUGCAUCAAGCCAAAGCCAAACAUGCUGCUGACAAGUUAAGACACCACCACUUGCCUGUGGUAGGGACUCAAUAUGGCUACACCCAGCCCCCUGCUGCGAACCGGCCUGUCGGAACCACAGCCACCAUGGCUGGUACUGCGGUUCCUACUUACCCUCUUGGAGGCCACCCUCCUGGAACUUAUGUUUAG